CGCACGCGGGCGUUUAUGCCGCAUCCUUGUCAGGGAAUUUAACGAUGUUUCGAAAGAAGUUCAUAACAGUAACAAGUGUUGCGUUUGGCAGCUUUUUGGCCGGAUUUGCUACUGAUAAAUUUUAUUUUUCGUCAAUUAAAAACACAAAAUUUUUAGAAGGUACAAUAACAAACCACGAUGAUGUUCUACUGUCUAAACCUGGCUUACCAAUAUUUGGUACGGUAUCUGCUGCUUCAAUUGUACCUGCGAAUACUAAACUUGAUGAACGCAGGAGUAUUCCUCCUGAACCAAUCCCUGGUGCCUCUCGGGUUUCUCAGAUUAUGAGAUUUGGGUUUCCUGGAUUAGACAAUGUGAGAUCGCUGGAUGAUUACAUAUUAUCCUAUGACAGAAGAAACAGAACUGCCCAUUGGGUAUUUGAACACCUAACUGCUGAAACUGUUGCAUACAAUGAAAAAGUUGAUCGUUCAAAAUGUGAUUUUGUUGAAGAUGAAUCAGUCCACCCCUACUUUAGAUCAUCUAAUUCUGAUUACAAAGCUAGUGGUUUUGACAGAGGUCACUUAGCUGCAGCUGGAAACCAUAGAAAAGAUCAACUACACUGCCAACAAACUUUCCUAUUAUCUAACAUGUCACCACAAGUUGGAAAAGGUUUCAAUCGAGACUCAUGGAAUAGACUGGAAAGACAUGUCCGGAAUCUGACAAAGAGCAACAAAAAUGUUUAUGUCUGCACAGGGCCACUCUAUCUGCCUAGGAAAGAAGCAGAUGGUAAAAUGUAUGUUAAGUAUCAAGUAAUAGGCAAAAAUCAUGUUGCAGUACCUACACAUUUUUUCAAAGUCAUUGUCAUGGAAAACCACAAACAGGAACUGUCAUUAGAAUCUUAUGUUAUGCCAAAUCAACCAAUUGAUGAUAAAACACCAUUAACUCUUUUCCAAGUAGCUCCAGAAACAGUGGAACGAGCGGCUGGACUUUUAUUCUUUGACAAAUUGUCUCUUGACAAAUUAAAAACAAUUAAUGGGAAAAGUGAAGUUUGGUUGUAGAAUUUACACAUUUACUGUUGAUUAGUGCCAACUCAUUAUUUGAGUACAAGACAGAGCAAUGGAUGCAAAAGAAACAUUCAACCUUAUGAUUUAUAUUCUUUCUGUAUUAUUUAAUGAAGAAGAAUACAAGACUUGAUAAUCAUA